UCUGAAUAUGGGGGGCUAUAUCAUGUCCUGUACUAAGAACUUCUUUUCAUGUUUCUUCAUUCUGAUUUCCAUAAUCAAAUUUCACCAGCACUACACCACCACUGAACCUUUAGAAUCACCGGAAUAGUCGCUUUAUAAUCAAAUCCGGCGGACCGGAUGACUAUGCAUUUAGUGAAGCAUCAGCAUGAUUGAUAUUCAUCCAGAAAAUUAGCCUUCAAAGAAAUCUGAAAUAAAAAAAACCAGAAAACAAAAACAGACGAGCCUUAAUAGUCCAAUCUACCUAUUUAUCGACUGAACCGGUGGCUGGUUGUGACCUAUUAUAAGAAAAGUUGAGUUUAAUACUUUAAACAUGUUUUAAGCACGAGUGAACAUGAUCAGACAUUUAGAUAUAUAAUUUAUCUUUUGGAGAAGAUUAAGGAUUUUUGGAAUCUUGAAUUUCCUUUGAUAACAUUUUGGGGACGGUGAUGGUUGAGGUGUCGUCUCCUACGGUCUUAGCACACAAAAAUAUAACAACCUUCAAGUUCAUGAGUUCGGAAAAUCGUGCACGGUUUUUGUUAUUCGGAUAUCCUUGUUUCGGUCGGAGGGAAUCAAGUGCAUGAAGGAGAUAAUACAGGGUUGGGCUUGACUGUAGGAAAGAAGUCUAAGAAGAGCCGAGUAUGGAGGUCAUUGGUGAUCUGCCAAGAGAGUUGUUCCUUGAAAUCCUCUUACGAUUGUCGGUAGAAUCUCUGAUGCGAUGCAAGUGUGUUUGCAAAUACUGGUACGCUCUUGUUAGCAAUCCUAAGUUCAUCGAAUUGCACCUUCAGUACAACUGCAACAACAAUGUAUGCGUCCUUCUCAAGCGCUGCCUUCUAACGUGCUUAGGAGAGAGAGAAAAUAUGUUGUCGUUGGUUUGCAGCAACGGUUUGUCUUUCAUAAAUCUAGAUGUUGAUUUGUCUUUAUAUAAGAAGGAGCCGUGCUUACAGCUUUUAGGUCAUUGUGAUGGCAUUAUUUGCCUAUCAAAUUACAGAGAUGAUAUAGUUCUAUGUAAUCCUGCAACUAGGGAGUCCAUGGUACUCCCAGAAUCCUCUCUCCCUUGUUAUUCGCCGAGCUCGAAUUUGAUCCCACAAACCAGUGCCUUAGGAUUUGGUUAUGAUGCUAAAACCCAUCACUGCAAAGUUGUUAGGAUUGUUUCGUACUGGGAGGAGCGAAGUGGGAGUGACUUACCCCAACAUUCCAGGGUCGAAGUAUAUUCUUUGGCAACUGGUUCUUGGAAAGAAAUCGAUGUUAAGGUCCCCGCCCAUGUGUGGUAUUCUCCGUGUUUCGAGACAUACUUUAAUGGAGCGUUUCAUUGGUAUGCUAUUGACAAUAACCGAAAUGAGGUCAUCCUUUCAUUCCACAUGGGAAAUGAAACGUUCCAAGUAAUACCGAUGCCAAGUGCCCUCUCCUUGAGUGAUUAUUCAAUGUGCAGGAGUCUUUUUGUGUGGAACGGAUGCAUCGCUCUAGUAGUUUAUCCGAGAAAGGGGACCAAAAAAUCGUUUGAGAUAUACGUGAUGAAGAAAUAUGGAGUGAGGGGAUCUUGGACAAAGAUAAUGACAAUUGGACCUCUUAUGAAAGUGGAAAUGCCUUUGGCUUUUUGGAGAAAUGAUGAGAUCCUGAUGGAAGGCUCCGAUGGAUUGGUUGUUUCUUACAACCUCAAGACACAAGAACUCAAGGAUCUUCCUAUUUAUGGGGUCCCCAAGUCGUUCGCGACACUUGUGUACGUGAACAGCCUUGUUUCAGUCAAGGGAGGGAAUCAAAUGGUUGAUGAAGGAAAUAAUACAGAUUUUGGUUGGUGAAGGAUCUGCUUCGGAACCUGCAUAAACUUCAUCAAGUUUAACAGAUGAUGAUCAGGGGACGAUGGAGACCAAUGAAUAAGAAAGUAAAAGCAAAUGAGUGAUACAUAUAUAAAAUAGAUAUCAUCGUAAAUGUAAAUAAAUCAGAUGUAAAUUUGGGUUUAUAAUCUGUGUGUUGUAAAUGAAGAUUUUAAGUUCAGUA